AUGAAGCCGUCACGAUUUCUCUUCGCCCUCCUCCCCCUUGCCGCCGCCGCCAGGGGAGGAAGUUUCCGUGGCCUCUCCCACAUCGCCACAGAAAUCUUCUCCUUUCCCCCCACCAACCCAAUCUUUAUCGAGAACCUCUUCGUCCUCCCCGACGCCCGCCUCCUCCUCACCUCCUUUGUCCACUUUGGCCCAGACAUCAACUCACCGCUCCACAUCCUCAACCCUGUCACCUCCUCCGUCUCGGUGGUGACCACCCUCCCCAACUCCACCUCCCAGACCGGCAUCGCCAAGUUAUCCGGCGCAAACCGCUACGCCGUCACCGCUGGAAUCCUCGGGGACAACUUUGAGUUUUUGAACAACACGGUCAACGUGUACGUCGUGUCGCUGGGGUGGAACGCGUCGAGCGCGACGGUGGUGGAUACAAUCCCCGUUCCCGGGGUCAUUAGUGCGAACGGGCUCGUGGCGGUGGGGAAUGUCGUUCUCAGCGCCGACUCCCGGGGCGGGAGGAUCUUGAGGGUCGACACCGUCACCCGGACGAGCAGCGUCGCUUUUGCGGACCCGUUGCUGUUUGGGGACCCGGCAAACGUGAGCGGGUCUCUGGGGAUCACGGGGGUGAACGGGCUGUUUCUCAAGCGGCACGGCGGGCAGAGAUGGGUGUAUUUCACCAAUAGUGCGAGGGGGGUUUACGGACGGUUCAAGGUCAACAGUUUGGGGCAUAAAGUCGGGAGUGUGGAGGUGUUGAUGACGGCGACGAGCGAUGAUCCUGUUGGGUUUACGAACUCGCUGGAUGACUUGGUGGUGGAUGGGGAUGCGGAUGGUUAUAUUGCCUGGCAGGAUCGGUCGUUGCUCAAGGUGAAGCGAUACAACAACGGGACCACUGCGCAGACGGUUGUUCUCGGGCCUGGGGGUGUUGCAACUGGAAAUACGGGCAUCACAUUGAAGACGCCCACGUCCGUUGCCCUGGGCCUUGACGGGGGUCACAUUUAUGUUGGAACAGGAGGUGCUGUAGCCGGAAAUCUGACCGGAGGACAGGUGGUCAAGGUUACGAUCUAA